GAGAGAGAGAGAGAGAGAGUGUGUGUGUGGUUUUUUUUCUAGCACUGCAGCAUCAGCACGUACAGGCCACCAUCAAUUUGCUGGAGAGGAAGACGUGCAAAGACCUCACCUCAAGGAAGGGAGGGAAAAUAUCAAAUAAGGAAGGAACGUGUGUCGAGUUGGAAGACAGCAGGAGGCGUGGACCUUCAAGAGAGAGAAAGAGAGAGAGAGCGUGAGAGAGAACGAGAGUAGGGGGAAGAGAAACAGAGCCGGCGAAGAAGAAGGACGCUGAGAGAAGCCGGGGAGAUAAACUGCGCUGUUCAAGCAGAAGGAGCAGAGAGAGUGACGAGGUGUUGAUUGUGUGUUGCUGUUUGGAGGUUAUCCUCACAGCGUGUUUGAGCCUGGGAGCAGGUGCAGCUUUGAUGGAACAGUGAGCAAUGCCUACCACGCUACUACAGCAGGCUGGCAGCAGGGGGCGCCACCUAAAUCACCCGCUCCCGCUCCUCUGUGCCCUUUUCCUUCUGGUGCUCGCUCCUACGCCAGGCCAGACUGCUAUCCAUAUCGCAGAAAACUACCGCAUGAAAGAACUAAAGAUGCCCCCGCAGAUAACCGUCCAACCCGAAUCCAUCAUUGCCUUCUCCCCUGAUGACAUCCUGCUCAAGUGUGAGGCGGCUGGGAAUCCCACUCCCACAUUUCGAUGGCUUAAAGAUGGAGUGGAAUUUGUCCCAUCCAGCAUUUCUGGUGUCACCACGUAUCUAAAUUCAGGGAGUUUUACGGUUAAAGAUGCUCCCAUUCAGCAGUUCCACGGUAACUACAGCUGCCUGGUCUCCAAUGAGCUGGGCACAGCUGUGUCCAAUGAGGUCCAGAUCAUCACUGAAGUUACUCCUACACUACAGCGGGAGAAGAAGGAGGAGAAGACGGUAGAAGAAGGAAGUCCUUUUGUCUUACACUGCAACCCUCCGCAAAGCUCUGCGACUCCUUUGAUCCAUUGGAUGGAUAAGAGGCUUCGGCACAUCCAGCAGAGUGAGCGUGUGACUCAGGGCCGUGAUGGAAACCUCUACUUCUCUCAUGUGAAAUUUGAAGACAGCAGAAGUGAUUACACCUGCAACGUGCAGUUUCUGGGAGCCCGCAUCAUCAUAGUCAAAGAACCAAUUAGUCUGAAGGUCACUUCGUCUAACAUGCUGCGAAACAGACGGCCGCAGAUGAUGAGACCAACCGGCACACACAGCUCCUAUCUGGUCCUGAGGGGCCAAACACUGGAACUGGAGUGCAUUGUCCAGGGCCUCCCCACCCCCUCCGUCCAGUGGGUGAGGAAAGACGGAGUUCUUUCCGAGUCUCGUACCUCCAGAGAGAACUUCGACCGGCUGCUGCGUUUCACCAACAUCUCAGAGCGAGAUGAUGGGGAGUACCAGUGCACAGCCAACAACUCUCAGGGCACCAUCACACACACUUAUACCGUCUCUGUGGAAGCUGCUCCGUACUGGAUUAAGGAACCCAGGGGCGAACUGUAUGCCCCAGGAGAGACGGUCAUGUUGGACUGUCAGGCAGAUGGGAUCCCUUCUCCACAGAUCACCUGGAGUAUCAACGGACGUCUUCUCUCAGAAAUUCACCCAGAUCCACGGCGUACUGUGAAUGGGGGAGUUCUCAGACUGCGUGAGGUGAAGCUCAGUGACACUGCAGUGUACCAGUGCAGGGCCUCUAACAAACACGGCACUAUCCUUAUCAACAUCCACGUCGUCGUCAUUGUGCUUCCUCCCCAGAUCCUGACGGAGGACUCGUUGCUGUACAGAGCGACAGAGGGAAAGACAGCCAGGUUGCAGUGCAUGACCUUUGGUUCACCUCGGCCGAAAGUCACAUGGGAGAGUGAAACCUGGGACUCUGUGAUGUCCAACUCCAGGAUGAAUCAGCUAAGCAAUGGUACUCUGGAGAUUAGUGAUGUAUCCCACAAUGACACAGGCAUAUACACCUGCUCAGUGGUUGGAGACAAACUCGCCAUCACUGCCGAGUUGGAAGUCCUCAAUCGGACAGUGAUCGUGAAGCCACCACUGGAACUGUAUGUUCAAAAGGGGAAGAUGGCCACCUUCACCUGUCAGUACCAGAUGGACAGCAAACUGGGCUCACCUCAAAUCCUGUGGAGGAAAACCAAGAAGAAGCUGGACGAAUCUUCUGACAUAGACAAGUACAUAAUUGACGAGACAGAGCUCAUAAUAAAUGAUGUCCAGGAUGAAGAUGAAGGUGUUUAUGGUUGCGAAGUCAUAACAAGUUUGGACAUGGCUGAAGCUAGCGGCAGUCUCACAGUUGUUGACCGACCGGACCCUCCUUCCAUGCUGCAGAUCACAGAGCAUGGAACUCACUCGGUCACGCUGUUAUGGGUUCCUGGAGAUAACCACAAAAGCCCUAUUUUAGAGUAUGUGGUGGAGGCUGAGGAGACUGGCACUGACAUGGAGGACUGGGAGGAGAUUAUGCAGGUCUCUGGAGACACUCGGCGCACCACAAUCCCACUGAAACCCUUCCUCUCGUACCGCUUCCGGGUCAUCGCCAUCAAUAAGAUUGGCAAGAGUGACCCCAGCCUGCCCUCAGCACCAUACUCUACUCCUGCAGCCCGACCGAGCAGUAACCCUGAAGGAGUGCGCAGCGAGUCACUUGACUCAGACACUCUUGUCAUCACAUGGAAGGAGAUGGAUAGAAGGGACUUUAAUGGCCCGGAUUUCCACUACAACGUGAUGUGGAGGAAGGUUCUAGGCAGUGGGCCAUAUUGGCACUCUAACUUUACCAGAUCACCCCCUUUUGUUGUCACGGAUGUGGGCGAUUUCAGUGCGUUUGACAUUAAGGUGCAAGCUGUUAAUGAGCUGGGAGCGGGCCCAGAACCCAAAUCUACCAUCGGCUACUCUGGAGAAAAUUAUCCCUUGGAGGCUCCCAUGAAUGUAGGAAUAAUUCUACUCAACAGCACUGCCAUCAGGGUAACAUGGGCCCCAGUGAAGAGAGAGUCUGUGAGGGGACAUCUGUUGGGAUACAAGAUCCAUCUGUCGUACUACGGCUCAUGCAGCAAACACCAUCACCAAAAGUGCGGCAGUGAGGAAGAUGAGCCACUGAAUAAGGCUGUAGUGAGAACAGGACCUGAUGAGCAGAAAAGGGAUCUGGGAGGCCUGCGACCAUAUUCCUCGUAUUCUCUCACUGUUAGUGUCUUCAACAGCAAAGGAGACGGAAACGUGUCAGAAGCCCGGCCCUUCCAAACUCCUGAGGGAGUUCCUGGUCCUCCCAGAUCUUUGAUAUUGUCCAGUCCCUCCGAGACGGAGAUCACGCUCCACUGGACUCCACCUUCUCAAGAAAAUGGAAUUCUGAUCGGAUACCUAAUACAGUACCAAGAGUUAGACAAUGUGGACAGCCCCAUGCAGGUGGAGAAGAUCGAUGACCCCGCAGUACAUCACCUGAGCAUUAAAGGUCUGGACCGUCAUAGCCAUUACCGUUUCUACCUGCGGGGGCGCACUGCAGCUGGAGAAGGCCUGCCAAUCAUCAAAGUGGGACAGACUACACUUGACGGAGCUCCACCUCAGAACAUUAAUUUUUCUGCCGGAGAGACAGCAGUUAACAUAAGCUGGAUUUUUCCUGAGAGACAAAGGAACAUUGGUUUCCAUAUCCGAUACCUGAGGAAAAAUGGCCAUGAAGGAUGGAUACAAUCAGAGAAAGUGAACAUGUCUCAGUCCUUUUACACCCUGCAGGGCCUCAAGCCCGGAUCCCAUUACCGCCUGCGCUUCAUCUACAACAACAACACCUUCUCUGAAACUGACAUAGAGACAGGAGGCGCAGUAGCAAUUGAGAUGAAGGGUAGCUUUGCGACUGAAGGCUGGUUUAUUGGGCUCAUCAGCGCCCUUGUGCUGUUGCUGCUGCUUCUGCUGAUUCUCUGCUUCAUCAAGCGUGGUAAAGGUGGAAAGUACUCAGUGAAAGACAAAGAGGAGGGCCAGGUGGACUCGGAGUCCCGGCCGAUGAAGGAUGAGGCGUUCGGGGAGUACAGAUCACUAGAGAGUGACAACGAGGAGAAGCGCACGGCUAGUCAGCCGUCUCUGUGCGAGGACAGCAAGCUGUGCAGCGACGACGGCCUGGACGAUUACGGCAACAGCCACAGCAUUCACACCAAGGUGACCAUAGACGAGUCUCUGACCAGUCAGUACAGCGGAGUCAGAGACGUGUCGGAGGUCGAGAGGCAUGACAGCUCGCCCCUCAAACCUGUCGCUUCCGACCACGGCCUGCCCAACUCUGCUGCUGACCUCGAUUAGCGGGGCAGCGUGAGCAGCAGAAUCAAACCAGGACUCACAGCUUGUAUCUGAAUGACUGACCAAACAAUCAAUGUUACACACAGUGCAAUGUCAAUGUGUACAAUGAAGCAAAUGCCAAGUUAAAAACACCAGACACAAACAAUGCUGGGACUGACUUUAGACCCAAUCAAACCAACUCUUUCACCUCUGGUAGAGCCAGAAGGGAGGGAUUCUUAACAAUAGACUAGACCACCCUUAUGUGUAGGGACUGCCAUGUUUGCAAACUGUUUACACAUAAAAUCUCUGUUCUCUUAUAAUACAUCAUUUCAGAGUAGACCGCAACAAGAGUCCCAGUUUCCUGCCUGAUAAAAUGACUUAUUAUACAGAAUAGACUUUAUUAAAGGAAAAAUCCGCCGUGAACAACUUACCUAUUGAUAUUUAUAAUUCCGUGGCAUCCAAGAUUCAUUUUGUAAUGAAAAUGUAUCGAGACGUUAUUAGUUUUAUCAAACAUUUUGGUCUAUUUUUACUUAACACUUUCCUACAUUACCCAUAAUGCCUUUGGUAUUGGCACCACUGGGAUUUAGCCUUUGCUUACUCUCUAAAUAGAGUGAUGCAGCAGUGCUUUGGUCCUUUAGUCUGUCUAGCUGUCUCGCCUCAUCAUCUGUACACUCUGCUCAAACCGAUCGGCUUCCAAAACGUUAACUCUUCGGCUAAUACCAGCAACAGCAUUGUGCUCUUCAUCUUGUAGCACGCUACCUAACACAAAUAUCUAGCUUCGAGUCUGAUUUUUACCAAUGUUUUAUCAAUAUUUUCAUCAAUGUCAGAACUAUUUCUACAUCAGUGUUCUCAUCGGUAAGAUAUUGAACAGCAUUAGCAAAAUGGUUGCAGAGAAACCUGAAUAUUAUCCCUUAUGUUUGAGAUCUUUGAAUUUUUUUUCUGCUAUUAAACACGAAUGUAACUGUGCUAUCACCCUGCGACGUUAUAGCGGCACACAAAUGCAACACUAACCAAUACAUUAGCGCCAGAAUCAUUACAUCAGGCACAUCAGAAAUAUUUUAAUAUAAACACAUUAGAGGUGUUUCAGGGUCGAGUUUUCCUUUAAUGAUGACGAUUUAUACGCAAAGUGACGUAUUCGAUUUAACGCGACAAGGACACAUACAUAGACGCCGCAUGGUUAAUGCCAAAUACAGGACAGUGUGAGCAGCAGAGAACAAGAAACGCAGGGAGAUUGAGGGCCUUAAAAUCCUGGUAAGUGCAUCGUGCAAGCAUAUGUCCGACAUUACAUAUGGAUUGCAUCGAUGUAGUUCAUUAUUAUAACUAUAUCUAUAUAUAAAUAGUUAUGUCGUCCACCAUUUCAUUGUCCUGCCUCAUCGUUUGAGAUCUAUGCAUUUUUUUAAUUGAUUUUUAAACAUUUUUUUUAACAAUUUUUGUCAAUCAUCUUAAAUCUUUUCUCUUGCGUAGUCUUUUAUGUUGCAUCCUUCUAGAAAAUACGCAUCCAAGACUCCAUAGCCUAGAAAUAUAUCCGAUGCAAUGAUCCGCUGAUAUGAGGUGCUUUAUAUCAGGCUGUAUGUAGUCACAGCUAGCAGUUAGCCAUGUCCAGUAUUAGAGAGCUGUCAUCUCAGAACCCUGAACCGUUCCACCGCCAUUGUCAGCUCAUUUGUGUGUAGCUCCUUAUAUGUGUGUGUCGCUUUGUAUUGUAGUCUGCAUAGUGUAUUAAAUGAUGUAUACUGACAAAUCCUCUCUUGCAGUCCUGUUGGUAUAAAGCCAUAUGAAUACACUUCCCAGGUGUAAUCGGGUAUGAGGUAGUAUUGAGGUUGAUGGGGUUGUGAGAGAGCACAUCACACGUACACACAUACACUAAUUUCAGCUUGGUUAAAAAACAAUCAUGUGUAAUUAACCCAGUUUGUGUCUUAUGCAGAGAAUGUAUGCUUUGUUGGGGUUGGGAUUUGGAUUCCUUACCUGUAUACCAAAUAGCAUUUGUUCCUGGUUCGAUGUGUGUGCUGUCUUUAAGUUUGGAUAAGCAGUGUUAUUUGGAAGAAGAAGAAGAAGAGAAAAAAAAAACGAGAACAACAUGAGACGCCCGCUGAAAAAGUUUGUUGCUCUGAUAAAAAUUGAGAUGUGGAUUAAGAGUGGAAAAAAAAAUUUAUCUGAAUGUAAAUAAAUCCCAAAUGAUUGUUUUGCUAUGGCCUCUAUUUGUAACCGUGUCUUGUUGAUUACAUGGGUUUUGGGGUUGUUAAUCUUUUAAUUCUUAACCUUUGACCUUUUGUCUAGUUAGCUGUGAGAUAACUGUUCUAGAUAAGUAGAGAAUAGUUUUUUUUUUUUUUGGAAAACUUAAAAAGGGAAGUCCAAACAAGCUGUCCUUUCAUAUUGAGAUAAAAAAAUCCAAACACAUUUUUUUAGAAAAAAACAAAAUAAAUCUUCACUGGCCAUUCACCAAAACACGAUCGGUUUGAAGAAUUCUUUUCCUGUUCUGUUUGCUUACGAGUUGCAGUAUUGUGUGUAUCUGUUGCAAAGCAAUUCCUGCGCAAGCAUUAUUAGGAAGCAGAGAUACUCGAGUCUUGUUUGUAGCCUGCACACACACACGAGCAGGGAGAAUUUUCAAUGUGCUGACCUAAGCUCAGUGAAAGCACUAAGUAUGUCCCCUGCAGUGAAGUGUACUCUAUGGGGGAAGUGUGUGAUGCAGUAAGUCUGGACUGCUGGUUGUAAUAUUUUGGCUACGUUGUUGCUAUACAGACACACUCAGGACAAAUGUUCUCCUAGAUGUUUAUUUUCAUACGGGAGGAACAAGUGAUGUGAACUGUGUCAACGUCCAACCGAACUGCUGCUAGACGUCCGUGCUCUGUUCAUGUCCGAGAACUUGCAGAUAUCCGAGCUGUAUAUACACAGCUGUUUUGCUUUUCAGAAGGAUGUAGCCGCAGCAUUGCCUGUUAUAUGUCAUAUUAAUGUGACAUUUUACUUAGAACUUUAAUGUUGUUUCUGAUUUCAAAUCUACUCUAGGCUCAGUUCUAGCUCUGACACUAGACAUGUAUCUCUCAUAUCAUGUAUAGCCUACGUUUGUUUAUGGUUGAAUAAAAUCUAAUGACACGUUAAAUAAAUUGGAUCCGAAUGAGAGGACUGCACUUGUAGAUGACUGAUGAAUAGCCAUGUCCAUGUUGCUUUUCUGUUGAGUUUGUCUAUGCUGUGGUGCUGAGUGGAGAACUGGGCCAGUGACUGGGGUGGGCUUGUAAUAGAAAAUGAUACUGUAUGUGAAUCAUGAAUCAGCCACUGUAUGUAAAGGCUUCAAGAAUAAAAAUCCAUGGAACAA